CUCACACUCUUUGUGCCGCAAAAACUACCAGGCUACAAUUGUUAUGAGGGUGCCCCUCAAACUGGAUGGCCGAGCUUGCAUUUGGAUCCGAUGAAGUCCCACGGGGUGACGAUUUCUCACGGGGCAAUUCACAACGCGCUUUCCCACGGACAAAAAAAACGAACCCCCUCUGUAAACAAACGCCUCGCAAGCUCGGCCAAUCGAUCCCUACACGUUAACCUUCCCAACCGCUUACUGCAUUUCUUCCCAAGUCCCGAGGGAAAUCUGGAAAAGAAAAGGAAAAGGAAAAAAGAAUGCCGGUUCGGAUACGUCUUGCCCGUCCACCUCAACGUACGAAGCUCACAACACAUUACAACAUCGUUGCCAUCGACGGUCGUAAACGUCGAGACGCAAAACCGUUAGAAGUGUUGGGUGUUUACGACCCGAAGCCUAGGAUACCUGAGGAGGUGCUUAGGAGACCUUGGAGAGUUGAGGAUGAGCUUCCUGGGAGGAGGAAGGCGCCGGAGUUGGAGAAGGCGAUGAUGAGGAUGGAGAAGAGAGUGGAGUGGAGUGCUGAGAGGAUCAGUUAUUGGUUGAGUGUGGGGGCUCAGCCUAGUAAGACUAUUGAGGAGUUAUUGGAGAAGGGAGGAUUGAUUCCUGCGAAGCCGAAGCCUCAACGGUCGCCUACGCUACAGCUAUCCUCACUUGCCAGGUCCAUCGGGGAAGAACCAGGGGCUGCAUCACCGCCGUCGACUGGAACAGGACCUCAUCCCUAAUCGUUCUGGCUAUGGACGUACAUAUUCACUGCUUCUCGCAUCCAACAUCAUAUUUCACUUCUUCUGCCGUGAACCAAGUUCCACAAUGUAUCCAUUGGCACCAACCAUAGGUGCCAGAAGAAAUGCAACCCCAGAAAGUAAAGCAUGCA